AUGGCAAACGGGAAGAGAAAACCCAAUCAAAGGACCAGUUCCAAAGGAAAGGGAGUCAAAUCGAAAGGUGGACGAUCUGAGUGCUCCAGGAUAAGUGAGGUCAGAAGCAAGGUAAAGAGGAAGCCCAUCAUCAUCGGCGGUAGUACACCUGUAAGUUCAUUGGGUGCCAAUUCAACCUAGGAAUUUCGUAGAUUCAAAACAAUUGAUCAACCCUGUUACAUUUUAAUUUUAUCUUUCCUCAGGCAACUCCCAGUCGGGAGAGGUUGGAGACAAGAGAGCAGGUAGUUAACUGCCGGAGAAUCGUCGAUUACAUCAUGGAUAUGGGGAUCGAUAAAAUGGCAAAGGAGUAUAACACCGAGAUCAAGCCGUUUGUCCCUCCAACCACUACCAAAUUGGCAUUCGAAGCCAAUCCGGACAAGAAUCGAUACCCAGGUAAGUCUUUACUUGUACUCUUUCUUUGAUUGCUUUUCUGCUGAUACUAGUCUCUUGUUCAUAUAAUUUUUAGAUGUCAUCUGCGGAGACCAGGACCGCGUGAUUCUGAGCUUGGAUGAUGGCGUUGGAGAUUACAUCCAUGCCAACUUUGUCAAAGGUUGGCCUCUCGUGAACCCUUUCAUCUGCACCCAGGGCCCAACGGAGAACACUGUCAUCGACUUCUACCGGAUGAUCACGCAACAGAAUGUGGGCAACAUCUUCAUGCUAUGCGAGAUAAUUGAAUGCAAAAAAGUAAAGUGCUAUCAAUAUUGGCCAACGGAAGAAGCGGUUGAUCUGGAGUUUGGAGGUAGAGUAACUUGAUCAGUAAUCACCUUUUUUAGGGUUCAAAAUUCACUUGAAGGAAGCAAAGCGUGAGAACCGUACCGUCACCUCUGAUUUAACCAUCACCUGUCCUAGAGGCGUCUUCGACGUCAAGCAUUAUUUGUGGCUUCAAUGGCCGGAUCGUGGAAUUCCCGACACCACCAAAUGCCCUCUUCGUCUUCUGAAGCUUUCCCGGAAAGAGAGUCGUCCCACCGUUGUCCAUUGCUCUGCUGGAAUUGGCCGGACUGGCAGUCUUGUGGCCAUUGAAUAUGUGAUCCAAUCAAUUAUGGCGUUAUCCCCUAAGUCGUUCCCGGAAAUGAUCAAAGACGUCAGGUGUGAGUAUUUAUUUAAUUAUUGUUUUAUUUCCUAACUGCGUUCUUUCGGGUCCCAUGUGUCCUUUGAGCGUAGGCCAUAGUAAAGUUUCUUUACACCAUGUAUAUGGACAAAAACGUUUUCUUUCAGCCCAUCGAGUCUUGGCUGUGCAAACGGAUAUCCAGUAUGUCUACAUUGCCCGUUGUGUCCUCCAGUUUUACGACGCAUACGGGUAACUGAAUAUUCGGGUGGUGAGAAUUCGGGUGAGCGCACUCGGGUGAUCGCUUAUUCGGGUGCUGCAAAUUCGGAUGGCGUAUAUUCGGGGUGAUGGAUUUGUGGAGUGGGUGAAUUUUCGGACGAUGAAAAAAUAUCGUUCUUCCUAAAUACGACAUAAUACUGUAAAAAUUUUGUAAUUUGGUUUUUUUUUUGUAUUUGAUUCAUUUUUAAGGUUUUCGAGCAUGAGGAAUCCGAAAAUGAAGCCCGUUUUGCUCAAAUAUCAAUGUUAGCAAUAUUAUUAUGGUUAUAAUUCUAAAAAGAUUACAUCUUAAAGUUUUACAAUAUUAUUUGCAGAAAAAGUUGGUAUUUACUGUGAUUUUUGAACGCAAUAGACUUCAGCUUCUAGACAAGAAAUGCGUAAUUCUUGUUUCAAAUUGCGUAUCAUUGCGCAAAUUUCUGCUCUCUCCCCGUGAAGAUUUUUUUCUUUUUUUUUCUCUGCUCAGACAGCCUAACAGACAAGAGACGGCGGUUUCUGGGCACAACACCCGGUUUGAUGUGUAUGUCACCAUCCUUAUAUUGUUAACAUUGAUAUUUGAGUAAAACGGACUUCAUUUUUUGGAUUCCCCAUGCUCGAAAACACUAAAAAUGAAUGAAAUUGCAAAAAAAGUUCACAAGUUACGAAAUUUUUACAGUAUUAUGUCAUAUUUAAUAAAAAUGAGAACAAUAUUGUCUUCAUCACCCGAAAAAUCGCCCACCCCAAAAAUCCAUCACCCCGAAUAUAGCAGUCUGUCGGGAAAAUAACGGCGGGUCGUCGCAGCAAAUGUUUCGCUUCGUCGAAAAAAUGUGCCGUCGCGCACGAAAUCUCCAGCUUCAGCAGCCGUCGCAAAGCGAUCAUGAGCGAUUCCGAGGCGCGACGAUCCGCGACUGAUAUGCCGCCCGAAUUUGCACCACCCGAAUAAGUGACACCCGAGUACGGUCAUCCGAAUUCUCACCACCCGAAUGCUCAUAACCCAAAUAUUCUCGACCCCUACAGCCCAGAAGAAGAAAGUGUACUUUACAAAUUUGAUCAUCCGCCAUCAAAAAACGAAAUAAAAUGA